AUGUUUUUUAGUAUUUUAAAUAAAAUUAAUAAUAAAAAUAUUUUUCCUGAUGUAAAGAUAAGUUUAAUUUUAAAAAAAAAUCAAAGUUUUUACUUCGUUAAAAAUAUAUCAUAUUUUUUUAAUGAAAAAAUAAUAUAUAAUAAGAAAGUUGAUAAUACCCAAAUAUUAAGCAAAAGAGUUAUAAAUUAUACAGUGGGUUUAAAUAAUGUAAAAAGUGCAUAUUAUCAAAAUAAUGGGAAAAAAUAUAUUCAUACAGAUAGUAUUAAAAAUAAAGAAAAUUUUAAUAGAAGAAAAUAUUUUUAUAAUAUAAUCGAAAAUAAAUAUUUUAGUACAAAAAACAUAAGAGGAAGAUUAUUUUAUAAAAGAAGGCCAAAACAAAUACCAAAAUUAAAAAAAAAAAACUGGAGAUCUAAAUGGUUAGAAGGAGCUCCUCAAAAAAGAGGAAUAUGUUUAAAAGUUCGUGUUCAAACUCCUAAAAAACCUAAUUCUGGAUUGAAAAAAAUAGCACGUGUUAGAUUAUCUACAGGUAGAAUAGUAUCCGUAUAUAUACCAGGAAUUGGGCAUAAUUUAAAUACUCAUAGUAUUAUUUUAGUAAGAGGGGGAAGAUGUAAAGAUAUUCCUGGAUGCAAUUAUAAAGCUAUUAGAGGUGUUUAUGAUUUAUUACCAGUUAAGAAUAGAUUUAGAGGUAGAAGUAAAUAUGGAGUGAAACUAUCAGAAGACAAAAGAAAACACUUAGUUGAAAGAUAUAAUUUUAAACACAUCACUAUUAAGAAAGAUAUUGAAGAGUUUAACAAAUAUAAAUGGUUUAAUUAUGUUGAUAAAGAUAAAAACUUAAGAGAAAAACCCUUAUCUCCAAAUGAAAACGUACCUAUUAAUAUUUUUCAUUUUAACACAUAUUAUAGAAAUAAAAAGUUUCAACAAAAUAAUGAAAAAUAA